AUGCUGCAAUCAAACCACACCCUUCACUCUGAUGCCACAAAAUCAACAUCUUCUACUUCAGCAACUACUUCAGCAACUACUUCAGCAACAGGAUCAACAUCGAAACCAACAUCAGUUUCACAAUCUGGAACAAAGACACAUCUGCAAUCACGGCCGCGUUCCUUUUCUUCCGCUUCCACAAAAAAAUACAAGCGAUAUCAGCCUAGAUUUCUACUGAAAAGUGAAGACUCCAUUAUACCCCUGCUACCGUCAUUGUCGAGCACUGCACAGUUACUGCCGAACCAAUCGGGAUCAGUUUAUUGCAUCCCUACAAUUGAUUCUUUUCGAUUAAAGACAAUUCUUAGCGAAAUUUUGGAUGAAGAAGUGACGCAAACAAUUGAUGACCUUCUCAAUGUCUCAACCCGUUAUAAAGAUGAUCUUCGCCAAGAAGUCAAAAUGCAACUAAGCUCGGAGCAACGACUUCAACUGAAGAAUAUUGCGGUUUGUAAAUUGACAAAGCAAUUGAAUCACUCGUUGCACUCUCGAAUGAAAAAAUUACUGAAAUUAGAUGGCUCUGAAGGAAGAUUGGAAAUUAAUGAUUUGUUGAAUAAAAGCUUGGGCGUAAGCUAUCGCAUCAAAGAGGUCCUCAAGAGAAUAGAAAAAAUUGAAAACAAGAACUCAUUGCAAGGGGAAGGAAACAAACAGGCAACAGCAAAUGAAGGAGCUGUAAUAUCAAAGAUAACAAAGAAUAAGUAUCCUCUCUUAUACCUGUUUUUAAGUAAAGAAAAUACAGAGCUAUCAAUUAAUGGGCAUGACCAAGCCAAUGAUAUAAAUAGUGGUCAUGACAUGGAAGAAACUGAUGAAAUGCAAGUUUAUAUGCAUGGAGAGCAGCGACGAUCAUCACCGGAAGCGGAGGAUCCACAGAACCCACAGGACCCACAGGACCCACAGAAACCACAGGACCCACAGAAACCACAAAAACCACAGGACCCAUCAUUGGUGCCAUCAACAACUAUAGACAAAAGUGAUACGGAAGCCCCUCUGAUUUUCAUAUAUCAGGAAGAACUGUCCCUAUCACCAGACCAGUAUAAUGUUGAAACUUUUGAAAGGAAUAUCCCAUCAUGUUUUCAGUAUACCACAGACUCCGUUGGCUCAGCUCUGCCAGAAGAAAACCUGAGCAUCGAGGAUUUUAUGAUCUCCACAGUUUCAAAGUUUAGAAAGUUUAAAGCUCAAAAGGGUAAUGUGGAUGGCAAUAAUAAUUAUAUCAAACAAGACAAUAUAAGCAAUCUUACAAGUGCUAAAGGUGCCAAAAGCUCCCCCACAACCCUUGGUCUUCGACGACAAAGCUUGAACAAUCCUCUUAAUCUACUUCUUAAGCAUGUACCCAAAUCAAAUGAAGCAAUCGAAACACACAAUUUCGCACAAAAGUCAUUUGCAACAGCUGUCGAAUCUGAAAUCAGCUCGAAUUAUAAAAAGUUUAGAAUUAAUGGAGAUAUACUAAAUACGGAAUAUUUUAGAAAACAGCAAGAAAAACUAGAGGCAGCAACGCACCCAAGACUAUCAAAUCCGACUCUGAAUCACGAAACCUCUGACUCUAUGAUGUCCAAUGGAGAAGAAAGAAACGUACUCGGAAUCAAUGAACUAGACACAGAUACAUUGUCAUCGCCUGGAUUUGGAUUAGGAUCUGACUCUGAUUCAAAUUCUGAAAUGGAGGAAGACAUAAUGAUUAGGUCUAUGUUGGAGGCCAAAAAGAAAAAAGCAACGAGAAUACAAUCACCUACACCUAAACACAAGCCUUCACAUCAUUGUUUGCAACCAACCAAAUCAAUUUUAAAAACCAAGCAGGAUCCGGUUUUAGCUAAGAAACUUCGAAAAUGUCUUGAUGAGGAAGAGCAGGUGCAAAAACAGGAACACAAAAAAGAUAAAAAGCUAAAACAGCAAGAACAGCAAGAACAACAAGAACAACAAGAACAACACCGAAAAGCACGUGAACAGGAUUCUAAUCAACAACAUGUGCUUGUUGAGUUUAUUGAUAAUGAUAGAAUUGACUUUGAUGUGGGCAGCAAUGCUACCGUUCAACCGCUGAAAGUUACAAAUUCAAGAAAUACCGAGAAUUGGACUGAUAAUGAGGAUCGCGAAAGUAGAAUAUCAAAAGGUGAUAGUAUUUUAUUCGGACAAUGGGGUACUACUCAUGCUCCCACAGAUAACAAGGUAAGUCGGUUUACAGUACAAGGCGCUAUUUUUGAGGAUGAUAUAGACUCUGUUUCAAUAUUGAAAAAAAAACUUGGCGCAGAGAAAUAA